AGAUUGUACGAAAGUAUAAUUUUAAGAUAUUGUAUAUUAAUUCAUUAAAUUGACGAUAAUGUCAAUUAAGGAGAUGGAAUUAGGGGAAAAAACCGUUAAUGAACAAAUUGUUGAAGAAAUUGAUAAAAUGAGUCUUCUGAGUUCUGAAUAAAAGGUUCAGUCUAAGCUCUCUGUAUCGUCUUCCUCAACAAUCAGAAAUUGCAUCUUGGUCCUGAGGAUUUGAGGAUCAAAGUUAGAAAUUAGAUCAAUUUCUUAGAGGAAAUGUGACAACUUUUUCGGACAUUUCAAAAUUGUAAGUGGAGUGCCUUGGUGCAGAAUAUCAUCUCGUUAAUGGUUAAAAUGCUGAGGAUCAAGAAGUUAAGAUGCCAGAUUUUAUCUUCAUGGCUUGGCGGUACUCGUUAUGUGAUAUCUAGUGUCUUAUCAAAUUAUAGAGAAAUAAAUCCCUCCCAACCGGCAAUAUCUUCAUUUGUUAAUGGAAGUAGGCUUAAUCCCAGCUUACUAUAUCAGGGCAAUGUAGCAAAUCGUACAAAAUUCUUUUCAACAACGGCUGGAACUAUUUUGGUGCAGGCUCGUGAUCCAGCUAAAUUGAGUUUGGAUAUACAUAAUGCAGUCAAUGACCAUAGGUAUGAUGAUGCUUGGAGAUAUUUUGAGCAGCACUUAGAGAUGGAAGGAUUUCCAAGGAAAUCCGUGGUAAACAAGUUGCUAGCGGGUUAUGCAGAAACCCUGGACUCCCAAUUGCUGGAACGGGCUUUCGGGCUGGUGGAACGGGCUUUUGAGGAAGGUAAACACACAUUAUUUGAGAAAGUGACUCUUAUAUACCUUGCUUUUGCUCUUGCAAGAUGCAGUCAACCGGUGCCGGCAUCUGUUAUUCUUAGGAAGUUGAUCAGAAUGGAAGAGUACCCCCCUGUGACGGCAUGGUCCGCUGUCUUAGCAUACAUGUCACUGUCGUCUUCCGGAGCCUAUCUCGCUGCCGAGCUGAUUCUCGAGAUAGGAUACCUGUUUCAGGAUAACCGGAUUGACCCCCGUAAGAAAAGUAAUGCACCUUUAAUUGCAAUGAAGCCUAACACCCUUGCCAUCAGUGUUGCUUUGGCUGGGUGCCUUGUGUCUGGGACUACAAGAAUUGCUGAGCAGCUACUUGACAUGAUGCCUAGAAUCGGUGUUAAAACUGAUGCUACCUUAUUAAUCCUAAUGGCUCAUAUAUAUGAAAGGAAUGGGAGAAGAGAAGAACUAAAGAAGCUGAAGAGACACAUUGAUGAAGCUCAUGAUCUCAACGAUAUUCAAUUUCGACAGUACUAUAAUUGCUUGCUUAACUGCCACUUGAAGUUUGGAGAUCUGGAUUCUGCUUCUCGAAUGGUUUUAGAAAUGCUUCGGAAGGCAAAAGAAGCUAAUAAUUCUCUAGCUGCAGCCACACUAAGGUUUGAACCUGCGAAUUCAUAUUCUCCCAUAAAAGUUUCUAAUAUAACUGAGUUGAGUAUUUCAGAUAAAGGUGGGAAUCAGCAUUUUAUGUCUUUUGAAGAUUUCUGUAGAGACCGAAACUUCAUUUGUUUGGAGGGAGAGACAAAAGAAGUACUGAUUUCUUUAUCGCUGAAGCUGCAGAAGCAAACAGAACUGAUCAUGACUGAACGGGGUAUUCUUCAACCAACAGAGAAAACAUAUGUGAAGCUAGCUAAGGCAUUCUUGGAAGCUUGUAAAACUAAGGACUUGGCUGAGUUUCUGAUCAAGGUUGAGAAAGAAGACUCACCAUUUUCUGUUGAAGAUUCGCCAUUGGUUGAUGUCAUUAAUUCAUGCAUCUCCCUUGGCUGGUUAGAUCAAGCACAUGAUCUUCUUGAUGAAAUGUGUUUUGCUGGGAUUAAGAUCAGUUCCUCCGUGUACUCCUCGCUCCUUAAAGCGUACUGCAAGGAGAAAAGGUUAAGUGAGGUUAUGUCACUUUUGCGGGAAGUUCGAAAGGCUGGGAUACAGCUGGAUGCAAGUUGUUAUGACGCGUUAAUUCAGUCCAGGGUGCUACAGAGAGAUACUCAGGGGGCUCUCAAUCUCUUUAAAGAGAUGAAAGAAACUAAAAUACCAAGAGCUGGUCAUCAAGAAUAUGAGGUUCAGGCUCGGAGCUGUGCAAAGAGUAGCGAAGCAGGUUUUAUGGCCAAACUUUUGCAGGAAAUUAAGGAGGGUGAGACAGUGGAUUGCGGAGUUCAUGAUUGGAAUAACGUGAUUCAUUUUUUUUGUAAGAAGAGAUUAAUGCAAGAUGCAGAGAAAGCUCUAAAGAAAAUGAGGAGUUUGGGACACACCCCUAAUGCACAAACAUUCCAUUCUAUGGUAACUGGGUAUGCAGCCAUUGGAGGAAAAUACAUUGAGGUGACAGAGCUCUGGGGUGAGAUGAAAAGUCUUGCUGCUGCCACCCCAAUGAAGUUUGAUCAGGAACUCCUGGAUUCUGUUCUCUACACUUUUGUUAGGGGUGGGUUUUUUUUCCGUGCAAAUGAGGUCGUGGAGAUGAUGGAGAAAGGAAACAUGUUCAUUGACAAGUAUAGGUACCGUACUCUUUUUUUGAAAUACCAUAAGACACUAUAUAAGGGAAAGACUCCAAAGUUUGAGACGGAAGCCCAAUCAAAGAAAAGAGAUGCCACAUUGGCUUUCAAAAAAUGGGUUGGCUUAUUUUAGAGGAACCUAAGCUGCUUUUUGUUCAGCGAUUCGUGACGAUUUGGUGGUUUUCUGUUGAGGCUCGUCGCAAUUUGAUGACUUUAGAAGAAAGCUCUGUCUGAAGUUGCUUAACAGAGGAAAAGUUUGAGCUUUAUGUUUUGAUGGAAAACAUGGAAAUAGUUUGCAACUAAAGAUGUACUAUUAUUACUAACAGCAGUUGCAGCUCCAUGGGGUGAGCAAAACAACCUUAGUGUGGUUUGGAAGGAAGAGGAGGGCGUAAUGAAAGGUAUCCAGUCGGUGGAUUGGUCAAAGGCUCAAAGCAUCCACUUGAUAUUGUCCCUACACUUCAGUAUCAAGUUCCAAUUCCAUGACCAAGCAAUUAGCUGUCGGAAUCAGAAGCAACUGAAAAACAAGAUGAAGAAAUCUUUAACUUAAUGAGAUCGACCAAGAAAACCUUCAAAGCUUUCAAAAUUAUGCAGCUUUCAACAAACUUCAGAGCUCACUUCAAUUGACAGAACUCGCAUGUGCUAUUACAACAACAAAUGUGCACACAGAUUUGCUACCCAAGGCCUAAAGGUUCUGCUGCUUUGAUUUCAAGAAAUCAUGUACUUAUUUAUUACCAACUUUGAAAUUGGAAAAAGUAUGUUGAAACACUUCAACUCUUGCCCUAAUAUGCACCAAUCAAUUUCACAAUAUAAACAUCAGACCAGGAAAAUUUUUGCAACUUUUUAAACUCCUGUGUAUUUCGUGAUAUUCAUUUAUCUAUUAUCAUCCACUUUUCCCGUCAUUA